AUGAGAUUCAGGACACCACUAUUAGAAACCGGAGAGUUGGGUCAACUAGGAGAUCGGACGGUGGACACGGCUGGCGGCGCUGAAUCUCUCGAUUCUUUCACGACGCGAAUCGUUGCUAGGGAAAACGAUAUUUCCGAGAAGCCUGCGACUGGUAGCUCGAACACACUUCCCAUAGUACUAGGGAUCGUGAUCCCCCUAGCUCUCGCGAUGUGUGUCUUGUUCUACCUACACCGUAGGACGACGAAGAAGCAGAAGCAGGAAGAUGAGACCGACAAGUAUAAGUCCAUGGACUUUGGAUUAGAUGUCAACCACAUGCCCGACGCAGGUAACAAGAGACGGAGUGCAUUCUUCGGAAAGGAGAAGGAUGCAGGCCAUAACAAGGGACAGCUCUCCAUGGAUAUGAACUUGUCCAGCCCCUACCUACUUCCACCUACUCUCCAGCAAUCUCGAGAAUCCCUGAAUUCCCUGACCAAGACCCUACACCAACAUGAGGAUCCUUAUCGACCAAUCGCGAGUUACGCCGGCAGCGAUGUUGGUUCCCUGCGAUCAUUCCAGCCGGGAGGUCAAAGAGAUUCAUCACUCUACAACAAGAAGCGCUUCAGUGGCGAUCGUGAUUCCAAGGCUCGAUCUUUCACUACCGAAACCAGUCCUCUGCGUUCGGGAGCGAACACACCGUCUCCCCUGUCUCCGCUACCGCCUGCCGCUCAGCCUCCUCAGCGCCAGCCAGUCGAUGAUGUCCCUGCCCCUGUGCUCCCGGCGAAGAACGAGUUCCGAUUUGUGGACGAAGAACUUCCCGUGAUCCAAGAGCCAGCAGCGGUUGCUUCACAAACGCCCCGUCGGGCAGCCUCUCAGGAAUCUCCCUUGUUAAACGAGUCGCACGGCCCUAUUCACGGGAGGGACUCGAUGUCUUCGGCAAAUGUUGCAGUUGGCGGCCUGGGUAUCACGGACUCCCGUUUCUCGCACGGCUCCUCUGGCACGCGAACCACUGGAACCAACUCUGUGCCACCUCGAAAAGAUUCCAUGCCUGUCAUUGACCCGAUUGCCAUUCACGACUACCAGGCGAUCGCGCACCAACUCCGAAUCGACGUGCCUUCGCCUAGCUACGAUGAACAUGAUGAAUUGCACAUGGGCAUCCCUCGAGAGGAUGAAUAUCCCCACUCUGCUGGACUAGCUGUGCCUGCACAGAACGGCAAACGGUUAUCAGUUGGACUCCGCCCGCUGCCUCCGGAUGAUUUCCUCGAGUCUGAGGACCCCGAGUUCAGAGCGAACCGAAUCCGUUCAUUCUACAAGGAGUACUUCGAUGACUCCAAGGUCGACCACAGCAACGCCCCGCCAAUGCCGCAGCGGGCACAAUAUCACGAGGACUACGAUGCGAACUACCUGGGUGAAGCAGCUUACUUCGAUCCCGAGUCAAAUGCUUUCGUCAUGCCCUAUGCUCAACCCGUCACUCGCCGUGCCAUGACGCCGCCGCCCAAGAACCGACGCCCGAUGCCAGGAUCCAGGCCACGUGGGCCGCAGGGACCCCCGGGUUCCCGUGGGGACAUGAGCAUGGCGCCACCGCAAAGACCCAGAGCCGGAUCGACCAUGUCGGCCGGCGGGUAUGGACCCAGAAGCCCACGCCCUGGCUCUUCAGCUUCCAGCCCGCGCUUCGGCGGCAAGCCAAAGAAGGCCCUGCCACCGCCCAGUGCUCUCAGCACCCUGCCCACCCCAUCCAAGCUGAGGGACGACUCGUUCGCUCUUUUGGGCGCCAUUGACUUUGCGCCCCCUCCCACCUUUGCCGACCAGGCAGCCGGCCGGUCACAGAGCCCCGUCGGUGAACGCCGCCCCUACGCAGUGAACACGCCCGUCCACUCACCGUUGGUCAGCGCCUUCGACGAGACCGCGGCGCUACCUAGCCCACAUCACCUGCGGAAAUCAGGAACCUUCACCGGUCUGGACUUCGCGCCCCCGCGUCGGUUCAAGGACGCCGACUCGAUGAGCGAGACCGGCAGCAUCCGCAGUAACCGCAGCGGCAUCUCGACAGUCAACCUGAACGCCAUCCGCAACGGCGCCGGCCGCGUCAGCCGCCUGCCGGGCGACACCAUCUUCACACAGGCGGCUAUGAGCAAAGAGCUGAAGCCAGAAUGGGGCAUGCGCAACUAG